AUGAACAAAAUCAUGAGCCAAGCCACACAAGUAACAACAAGACUCUUACGUAUGCAAAAGGCAAUCACUGAAAAGUUGAAUCCAAUCGUGUUGGAAUUUGAAGACCAAUCACAUAGACAUGCUCACCAUGCUGAAACAAGACAUUCGGGAGGUGCAGGAGAAACUCACUUUGAUUUACUUGUUGUGAGUGAGAGCUUUCAAGGAAAGAGGUUAUUGGAACGUCAUCGUAUGGUGAAUGAUGCUGUUGCUGAGGAAUUUAAGAGUGGUUUGCAUGCUCUUUCUAUUAAAGCCAAAACUCCUUCCGAGCACAACAAGCAAUAGAUUUAUUAUCACUUAGAUGAGAAAAUUAAAUUGGAAUUAAUAUUGAUGAAAGGAAUAGAAAAUUAUUUAGGAUUACAAUCAUCAUCAUACAAUUAAUUAAUUUAUUUUGAAAAUAUUUGGAAAACAACAAUUAAAAGCGAAAAAAGUAAACAGCUUUACUUCUAUC